CGCAAUUACAGCGAGUCAACCUCACACAGUCCUCCUGCUGCCUGUGAGACACAGCGAGCUGCCCGUAGCCCGGUUUCUCUCCGCGGACAUGGCUCACCCGUACGUGUUCGAAGCGCCUCAGUCUGGGUUCAGUUUCGAGAACUCGACCCGAAAUGUUUUAUUGAACAAUGUGCUUGGAGAACAGAAGACAAAGACACCUAAACCCAUGAAGACUGGAACCACAAUUGCAGGAGUGGUGUAUAAGGAUGGUGUGGUACUGGGAGCAGACACAAGGGCCACUUCCAGUGAAGUAGUCGCUGACAAAAUGUGUGCCAAAAUUCACUACAUUGCUCCAAACAUAUACUGCUGUGGAGCAGGGACUGCUGCAGACACAGAAAAAACUACAGACAUGCUGUCAUCCAACCUCACCAUUUUCUCCUUGAACAGUGGCAGAAAUCCUAGAGUGGUCAUGGCAGCUAACAUCAUACAGGAUAUGCUCUUCAGGUAUCGAGGUGGGAUUGGAGCGAAUCUCAUUUUGGGAGGGGUCGACUGCACUGGGAGUCACAUCUACAAUGUGGGGCCUUUUGGAAGCAUGACCAAGGUUCCAUUUAUUGCAAUGGGAUCUGGAGAUUUAGCUGCUAUGGGUGUUCUGGAAGACAGGUUCAAACCCAGUCUGGAGCUUGAGGAGGCCAAGUUUUUAGUGCGCGAUGCCAUCCAUGCAGGCAUCAUGAGUGACCUGGGUUCAGGAAACAACAUUGACAUCUGUGUCAUCACCAGGGAAGGGGUGGACUACAUAAGACCCUAUAAGGAAUCUGAAUACACGAACAAGAGACAGGAAAAAUAUAAGUAUAAACCAGGUACAACUCCUGUUUUGACAGAGAAGGUGGUUCGCUUGGAGCUGGAGCUUGUGCAUGAGAAUGUUCAAACAAUGGAAACAUCCUGAGCCAAACUCCUGUGCCCUCUGUUUUUGAAAAUAAACUGGUGUCAGAAAGCACAAAAAUCACAUUUUCAGUUAGUUGUGAAUAUGAUAAUAAAUAAAUGACCAAAUUAGA